CGCACCAUGCAGGAGUCAACGCCCCCUACCACCGCCCGGACCCUGCUUGGCCUGGGGUCACUACAGCUCCCUCCUGUUCGCCAGGACUGCUCGCUGCACCGCCUACCUGCGCCUGGGAUGCCACCUCCCCCCGCUGUGCGCCCCGCCCCCGGGGAGACCCCGGAUUGCCCACACUGUGUCGGGGACUCGAGGCCAGGCAGCCCUGCCAGGGGCGGAGGUCGGGGCAUGGCGCAGACCUGGAGCCUGAGAUCGGAAUGUUUUUCUUCCUGAGCUCCCUUCCUGAGCUGUUUGUGACAGUUAACAGGCAACCCCGAGGCAGAAUCUGCUUCUCCUUUCUGUGGGUGGAGGGAGGGAGACGAGGCCCAUGCAAUCCUACAGCCUUCGCCAUGGAGCAGCUGAGCACAGCAAACACCAGGUUCGCUUUGGAUCUCUUCCACACCUUGAAUGAGAAGAAUCCUACUGGAAACAUCUUCAUUUCUCCCAUAAGCAUUUCAUCAGCGCUGGCCAUGGUCUUUCUGGGGACCAGAGGCACUACUGCAGCACAGGUGUCGAAGGCUUUUUAUUUCAAUACAGUUGAGGAGAUUCAUUCAAGAUUUCAGAGUCUGAAUGCUGAUAUCAACAAGCGUGGAGCUCCCUAUAUUCUGAAACUUGCUAAUAGGUUAUAUGGAGAGAAAACCUAUAAUUUCCUCCCUGAGUUCUUAGCUUCAACUCAAAAAAUGUAUGGUGCUGAAUUAACCAGUGUAGAUUUUCAACAUGCUUCUGAAGAUGCAAGGAAGGUGAUAAAUGAGUGGGUCAAAGGGCAGACAGAAGGGAAAAUUCCAGAACUGUUGGUCACAGGUGUGGUUGAUAACAUGACUAAACUUGUGCUAGUGAAUGCCAUCUAUUUCAAAGGAAAUUGGCAGGAGAAAUUCAUGAAAGAGGCCACGGCCGAUGCAUCAUUCAGACUGAAUAAGAAAGACACAAAAACAGUGAAAAUGAUGUAUCAGAAGAAGAAAUUUCCAUAUGGCUACAUCCAGGACCUUAAGUGCCGUGUGCUGGAACUGCCUUACCAAGGUGAGGAGCUCAGCAUGGUUAUCCUGCUGCCGGAUGACAUUGAGGACGAGUCGACAGGUCUGAAGAAGAUGGAGGAACAAUUGACUUUGGAAAAACUGCAUGAGUGGACCAAACGUGAGAAUCUGGCUCUCAUAGAAGUCAAUGUCCACUUGCCCAGGUUCAAGCUGGAAGAGAGCUACAACCUCAACUCUCACCUGGCCCACCUGGGUGUAGAGGAUCUCUUUAAUAGCAAGGCUGAUCUGUCUGGCAUGUCCGGAGCCAGAGAUCUCUUCAUAUCAAAAAUUGUCCACAAGUCUUUUGUGGAAGUAAAUGAGGAGGGCACAGAGGCCGCGGCCGCCACAGCAGGCAUCGCCACCUUCUGCAUGCUGAUGCCAGAGGAAAAUUUCCGUGCCGACCAUCCAUUCAUUUUCUUCAUUCGACACAAUCCCUCAACUAACAUCCUGUUCUUAGGCAGACUUUCUUCCCCUUAGGUACUGGAAAUACAAGGCCAGCCUCAGAGCUUUAUUACCGGCACUUUCAGUGGUGACAAUUUUCGUAUAUCUUUACCAAUAAAACUACCUUCCAAAACAAGA